AUCAGACAAGAUGAUACUCACAUUACAUCUUGCCAACAUGACGGGUUCUCUCGAUUCGCUUUGAUCACGCGUCUCGCGGACAGGACGACAUUCUCAAACAAUCCUCUCAUUUUUUCAACACGUUUUAACAUCCUCCUCCCUUGAUAUAAACAUCGUCGGCAUCUAUUACCAGACCUGGCACGCUCUAAUUCACCGUUCUGAGUACAAACAAGAAAUCUAGCCGGAAGUACCGGAAUCAAUUGCAAGAUUCUAUCUCAUUCGCUACAUACGUCACACAAGUCUAAGGCGACCUGGAAAAGAUGGGGAAGAUGAUAUCUGGAAAGCAUCUCCUUCACGACGGGGACCGUGCACCCGCACAAGAUUGUAAAGCAAUGGCUCACAGCGACGAAGAGCGACUUCGAUUACUUUAUAUGAUCAAUAUCGGAUCGGAAUCCCCCGAAGCAGUGCUACGAGAAGCAUACAUCUCCGCAAAGGACAUCGCCGUCGAACGGCCCCUACCUUUUACCACCACUCCACCGGUCAACUUUGCUAUGGUGGCCCCCGGACUAUACCGUAGCGGCUAUCCUCAGGCACCGGAUUAUUCGUUCAUGCGUACUCUUAACCUCAAGACAAUCGUCACCCUUGUCGGCAAAGAACUUCCCGACGGCUAUCAAGAAUUCAUCAAGGGUAACCAUAUCAAACACGAAAUCUUCGACAUGGCCGGUACUAAAAAGGCCGACAUUCCAGCAAAGACCAUGCAGUCUAUCAUCGCGGUCGUCGGCAACCGAAAGAAUUACCCUCUACUUAUUCACUGCAACCAAGGAAAACACCGAACCGGAUGCGUGGUCGGCAUCCUCCGCAAGGCUAGCGAAUGGGAUACUACUAGUAUCAUUCGCGAAUAUACUAAAUUCGCUGAGCCUAAGGUUAGGGAGACAGACGUGAAAUACAUCACCGACUUCAGCCUGUCUGACCUCAAGAACGUCGUGCCAAAACCGAGCCGCCUGCCAUUUAUUCAAAAUACCUUUUACGGUAUGGUGAUGGUGGCCUCUUUCACCCUAUCAGUCUGGAUGUACUCUACCAAACUUUUACUACUUACAACCACUUAAUUUGGGAUGAUACUACUACUACCACUGGAAUUCCAUGGACAUUAAGGGUCACUAGAUGAAUGAAGUUUACGUUACCUACUAUUUGGAUGAUAAUUGGGAGGAACAGGUUAAAGAAAGAUUUGCGAUUCGGCAUGUCUGGUAGAUCCGGAGUAUGGAGCACGAAGCAUGUUCUGCGCAUAAAUUGCCCCGCAUUGUAUUAGAAGGGGGGAAGAGGCAGAAGGAGAUGGGGAAAGUCAUAUUGCAUAUGGCAUCAUAAACAAAAUUGGACUCAUUGGAGAUGCAUAGGACGAGAGGAUUCAUAAGGGGGGGUCGGUUUAGGAGACCAUUCAAGUGCUGAGGAGUCUCCCGGCGUUUAUUACGGAUCGCCUUUGAUAGACGAGUCCGUCAUGUCUUUUUCUCCUUUGACUACAUCAAAUCUCGAUAAUUGGCGAUCAUCAAACAGGGGAUGGAGUAGUUGGUAGAACUUGGUUUGAGAAGUUCGUGGCCAUGUUGUCUAGAGAGACCGAAAUGAUGGAUCGAAGGAUCUUGGGAUAACUCAAUUUGACUAUUUGACACAACAAUCUGGAGAUAUUUGCAAAUCAAUGAUGUGAUAUUCGUGAAUCUCGUA